GCUGGGUUCUUUCUCGGCGUGUCCACGAUGAAGCUGCUGAUCCCAAACCCGGGGCUGGACAAGCGGAUCCACACGUACGACGACCUGGAGAGGAUGGACAGAGAGCAGGCUGAGGACCGGCCCAAGUGGGACAAUAAGGCUCAGUACAUUUUAACCUGUGUGGGCUUCUGCAUUGGGAUCGGGAACGUGUGGCGCUUCCCCUACCUGUGCCAGAGCCAUGGAGGAGGAGCCUUUCUGAUUCCAUAUUUAAUCCUGCUGGUUCUUGAGGGGCUGCCUCUUCUUUUCAUGGAGUUUGCCAUUGGUCAGCGCAUGAGAAAAGGUAGUGUUGAAGUGUGGAGGGACAUCAACCCCUAUCUGACCGGUAUUGGGAUCGCCUCUAUGCUGGUGUCCUUGUUAAUCGGGCUUUACUACAACACUUUAAUCGCCUGGAUCGUGUGGUAUCUCUUCAACUCCUUUCAAAGCCCUCUGCCCUGGACGCAGUGCCCUCUCAAUGAAAACCAAACAGGUUACAUAGCUGAAUGCCAGCAGAGCUCCACAGUGGAUUACUUCUACUACAGAGUGACACUGAACACUUCCACCUCCAUAUCCGACUCUGGGGGGAUCCACUGGCCUGUAGUAGUUUGUCUGCUCGUGGCCUGGACAGUCAUUGGGCUUUGCUACAUCAGAGGAAUAAGCAGCUCUGGAAAGGCGGUGUACGUCACGGCCAUCCUGCCUUAUAUUGUUCUGGCCAUUUUUCUGGUUCGAGGACUCACUCUGAAAGGUGCUCUCGCUGGAAUUAAGUACCUCUUCACACCAGAUGUGGAGGAGUUAAUCAAACCAACGACGUGGCUUGACGCAGGAGCUCAGGUGUUUUACGCCUUCAGUUUGGCCUGGGGUGGACUCAUCUCAUUCUCAAGCUACAACCCAGUGCACAACAACUGCAAACGGGACGCGAUGAUCCUGACGGCGAUCACCGGCUGUACGUCGGUCUACGCCGCCAUGGUAACCUACACCAUCAUCGGCUUCAGAGCUACAGACAAAUAUGAACAAUGCAUCAGUGAUAAUAUUCAAACACUUAUAAAUGCAUUCGAUUUACCCGAGAUCAACAUAACCGCAGACAACUAUGACGAAGCCCUGAAGUAUUUAAACAGCACAUAUACGGACAUCGUUAUGGGACUUGACGUCAUCCCGUGUGACAUGCAGAGACUUCUCAGCGAGGGGGUGGAGGGAACAGGUCUGGCGUUCAUUGUGUUCACUGAAGCCAUAACCAAAAUGCCUGGAUCUCCCAUCUGGUCUGUUCUUUUCUUCGUUAUGCUUCUUUGUUUGGGGCUCUCCACGCUCAUCGGAAACAUCGAGGGAGUGGUUGUUCCCAUUCGAGAUUUAGGGUUAUUUCCUAAAACAUGGCCCCAGGAAGCAUUGACUGCUGUAACUUGCGGCGUCGCGUUCGUCAUCACGCUUCUCUUCGCUCAACAUUCCGGGUUCUAUUGGGUAACGCUUUUUGACAACUUUGCGGGAUCGGUUCCACUUCUGUGUAUCGGGUUGUUUGAGAUGAUAUCGGUUGUUUACAUAUACGGAGUCGACAGGUUCAACGAGGACAUAAAGUUCAUGAUUGGAUCCAAGCCCGGCUUAUAUUGGCAGGUGACGUGGAGAUGUACAAGUCCUCUGAUAAUACUGGUCAUUUUAGUUUUCUACCUGGUCAUACAAGCCCAAGAACAACUCACAUAUUUAGUGUGGGAUCCCAGCUCUGAGCAAUUCCCAGUCCUGGAUUCAGUUCCCUACCCAUCUUGGAUUAAUGCCGUCAUCUUUCUACUGGCAGGAAUCCCAAGUCUAACCAUGCCCAUUUAUGCUCUAUGCAGACUACUCUAUGUUUAUUUAAAGAAGAAAAGUAUUCAAUAA